AAACAUAAACACCCAUCACAAAAACAAAACGAACACAAGAUUUAUAUAAAUAUUGCAACUAAAUAAAAAGUUAUUAAGAAAUAAUGGCUUCCGAUGGAGAGGACAUCAGCUUAACGCCCGCGGAGUCACUAGCUUCGGCCACCGACACCGAGGACGAGGAGAUGGGAGCACAAGUGCAAUCCGACAUGGAGACCGAUGAAGAAGAUUUGGAUGUGGAGGUUGUGCCUGCCACCGCUGAAGAUGCAGAUAUGGAUGAGCUACUGCGUCAGCUAGAGGACUACACGCCCACAAUUCCGGAUGCCCUGACUACGCACACUUUAAAGAAGGCUGGCUUCUCCACGGUGGACCCCCAAAUUGUGCGCCUGAUCUCCGUGUCCGCCCAGAAGUUUAUCUCGGACAUUGCCAACGAUGCACUGCAGCACUGCAAGACUCGCACCACGAACAUCCAGCAUUCCAGUGGCCACAGUUCCAGCAAGGACAAGAAGAACCCCAAGGACCGCAAAUACACGCUGGCCAUGGAGGAUCUGGUGCCGGCCCUGGCCGAUCACGGGAUUACCAUGCGCAAGCCGCAAUAUUUUGUUUAAGAUGGUUUUAUGUAUAAAGUAGUACGCAAUUUAAAGUAGUUAAGGAAGCACUUGACAAAUUUGCAAUUGUUACAAAUGUAAACUGAAAUUCUUGAAAGUAUAUAAUAUGUAUUAUAUGA